CUGCCGAAAUCAGUUACGAGUCGCCCGCGAAAGCGUUAACAAGUUCCCAACGGAUCGAGCGCACAACAACCACCACCAACCAUUCCACUCACUCUCUCUCUCUCUCUGUCUCUCGCGUGCGGAGCUCUCUCGGGUCGUGGAACAUCAACAGUUAUUUUUACUACACCGCCGAGAGUGUGUGUUUCGUGUGCUUCGCUUCUCUCGGUCGCGUCGCUGCCAGCAGCUCCUUCAUUAAAAGAUAAGCAAGGCUUAAAAAGAAACAACAACGCGUGUGUGUCGUGGCUGUGUGACAGCGUUUGCAUACAAAAAGCAACAGCAACAGCAGCUUCAAGCAGAGCAGCAGCCAGCAGCAGCAGAAGAAGAGGAGGCGAAAGAAGACCAGCAAAAACAAGCGUACACUGAAAGGGAAUCUAUUUGCCUGAACAAACGACACCGCCCAGAAGUACAGCCAAAAGGUUUACGUACUCGUGUAUCCGUUAUCCGAGAAGACCUGUGAAACCCGGGAACAAUGAUAUAUGAUUGCCUCUGGGCGUGCCAGCCAUAAUGUCGACACCAACAACACCGAAGACACCCACACCACCCACAUUGCCGCCGGGUGUGACCAAGACCUGUCACAUAGUGAAGCGACCCGAUUUCGAUGGCUAUGGCUUCAACCUGCACUCGGAGAAGGUGAAGCCGGGACAGUUUAUCGGAAAGGUGGACGCCAAGUCGCCGGCAGAGUCUGCUGGCCUCAAGGAGGGCGAUCGCAUCCUGGAGGUGAACGGUGUCUCCAUUGGCAGCGAGACACACAAGCAGGUGGUGGCCCGGAUCAAGGCGAUUGCCAACGAGGUGCGCCUCCUGCUGAUCGAUGUGGAUGGCAAGCCCAUAGAUGUGUCGCCGCCCUCGCCAUCGGCCCUUUCCAAUUGCAGUGAACCAACGAAUGGCAAUGGCAAUGGCAAUCCGAAUGUGAACGGUAAUGGCUAUGAGGGAACCAAGCAGGAGAUGCCCGGUGCCAGCGCCAACAUCAGCAGCAUCAGCAUGGUGAGCAUGAAGCGAUCCUCAAAUGCCAGCAGCAUCCAGAGCGGCAGCACCAUGAAUGCCAGCGACCUGGAUGUGGUGGACAGGGGCAUUCCUCCGCCGGUGGCUGCUGUCGUCGCUUCUCCCCAGCAGAAUGGUAGCAAACCGUCAUCGCCGUCGCCGAUCAACAACAACACCCUGAUGAGCACGCCGCCGCCACCAUCGGCCGCGGUGGCCUCCAUGAACAGCAACGGCAAUGUGUACAGCAGUUCCAAUGGCAACACAAAUGGCACGGCCUCGCCCACAGCCUCGCCCACACCCACAGCCAUGACAGCGCCCCAGACAACAGCUCCUAUGACGGCGGCUGCGGGAGCGGCAGGAAACCGGGCGGGCAGCCUGAACCUCCCACUGACGGUGGCCGAGAUGCGGGCCAAGCUUGCCUCCAAGAAGAAGUACGAUCCGAAGAACGAGAGCGUCGACCUCAAGAAGAAGUUCGAGAUCAUCCAGAAGCUCUGAGCGGAGUCCACGAAAGCCACUCGUACUUGUUAUAACUUUACACGAAGCAAACAACCGAAAACGGUUCGUCACGAGGAGCAGCUGCAGGAGGAACAUAUAUAAUGUUUAACUAUUUAGUACGAGUCACUUAUUAACUAAGCAAGUUUUUAAUUAUUAUCCAUUAAGCAGGCGCGAUAAAGGACAGCGCUAGAGUGAAGGCACUUUUGACGUAGAAAAGCUGAGAGAAUAUGUACCAUAUACACAUAUAUCCACGAUAUACGAUAUAGACAUCUUUUCAAGCUAUAAUAUUUUGCAUUGUAGUUCAUUGAACAACUUUCCGUUGAAUAUGUAUUUAGUUUUGCGUAUUUUUUCCACAGUAAAUAAAGCAAAAUUAAAAAAAGAA